AUGGAUUCCGACUCCCGCGCCAACUUCCCGAGUAUCCUCCAGGGGAAGAAGAUCCUCCUAGCCACCGAGUCCUGGGGUCCAGUUAACGGGGUCAGUCGUACUACUCGCAGUCUCGUCGAGUACCUCCGCGAUAAUGGCGUCGACCUUAUCCUCGUUGCGCCUGAUUUCAAAGGCGAUACUGCCAAACAGUCUGCUCAAGUCUCUGGUGAGCGCCGCCUACCCGGCUGCGCCUUGCCUUAUAAUCCCGACUUGACCGUCGUAUAUCCAUUCCAUCUGCGCGAAGUCUACCGGCAAGCCUUUGAACCGGAUCUGAUCUAUCUCGCCAGCCCCGCAUCCCUGGGCUUCCAAAUGCUGCUGCAGAUCCGCCAGCUGCGCUCCCCACCACCGGUCCUGCUCAACUUCCAAACCGACCUCUCUGCAUAUUCUGAGAUCAUGCUGCCUGCCCCUCUAGAUCGAUUUGGCGUCUGGCUACUGGCUACCGUGCAGGGGUUUCUAUUCCGCACAAGCGCCGUGCGCACUAUCUUCUACCCAUGCUCUGCUAUCCGGGGUUAUCUCGAAGGUGCUGGAGCUCCAGCUGACCGAAUGGUCAAGCUUGGUCGCGGGGUCGACACGACGCUUUUCACGCCAGACCAGCGUGACGAUGCCUUUCGCCGGGGAAUCGCACCUAAUGGCGAAGUCAUUCUUCUCUGCGUCUGUCGCAUUGCGCCGGAGAAAGGCUUCGAGUUCCUCGCGCAGGUCGCGAUGCGCCUUUCUUCGGAAAAGGUUCCCUUCAAGCUGCUCAUCGUGGGUGGGAAUCGCAAUCCGGUGGUUGAGAGUCGAGUCCAGCGUCUCUUCGACCCUGUUCGUCGCCAUGUGGAGUUUACAGGUUUUCUUACUGGCGCCGCUCUUGCCCGCGCAUACGCCUCGGCGGAUCUCUUCCUGCACUGCUCUGUUUCUGAGACGUUUGGCCUGGUCGUGUUAGAGGCGAUGGCUAGUGGGAUUCCCGUCAUCGCGCGCGAUCAGGGUGGACCCUCGGAUAUUAUACUUCAUGGAAAGACGGGGUAUUUGGUUCCACCGAACGAUCUCGAACAAUUCACCUCGUUAACCCGUCAGGUGGCUCGUGAUAAUGAGCUCCGGGGGACUCUUUCUGUUGCGGCGCGUCAGUUCGCGGAUGAUACGACCUGGGAGAAGAUCAAUCGUCGUGCAGCGUGGCAGAUGGCUGAUGCUUUGGUCCAGACUGACCAGGAGGCACACGGUUCGAGGCCUCCACGACCGACUAUUCUUGCCUCUGCCAUGGAGCAGUUCCGGCUGAUGUUUGCGGUGGCAAUUGUCUAUGGGAUGUGGUUGAUUGCGGUUGUGCCGCUGAUUGUUCAUGGUAAUCGUCUGCUUCCUCGGGCUUGGCUGGCUGUUCGGCGGCAGUUGAUUCCCAGGAUUUGA